GGUAGACGCCGAACAAUGGAAGUUCUUACGAAGGUCGAGAAGGACAUCAAGCUCCUUCAAGAGAAGAUUGGCGAAUUCCGCGAGACGCUCUCGGACAAGCUGCCGACGGACUCGGGCAUGGGCCUCCUCCAGAUCAAGAACCAUGCGCUCAUGCAGUACUCGCAGCUCUCGAUGUUCUUCGCACUCCUCAAGCUCGAGUCGCCCGACGCCGUCAAGGACCACCCUGUCUUCAAGGAGCUUGUGCGCUACCGCACGAUUCUCGAGCGCAUGCGCCCGCUGGACCGGAAGCUCAAGUACCAAGUCGACAAGCUGCUCAAGAUCGCCGUCUCGGAUGUUUCCCAGCUCGACGAAGCGCUUAGCUACGCGCCCAACCCGGAUGCUUUGAAGGCCGACGACGAUGCCGACUCGGAUGCGGGCGAGAACGACGACGAAGACUCGUACGAGGGCAAGAAGUCCAAGGACGGUGUGUACCGCGCCCCCCGCAUGGCGUCCGUGCCGUACGACGAAGAGGAGAAGGAGGCCGAUAAGAAGGCCAAGCGCGACGAGCGCAACCGCAAGCGCCUCGCCAAGAGCACGAUCUUGUCCGAAGUGCGCGAAGAGUACAGCGAGCGGCCGCAAGAGAUCCUCACGAGCGGCUCGUCCGCGCUCGACAAGGAGCUCGCGAACGAAGCGCGCGAGAAGACCGACUACGAAGAAGAGCGGUUUGUGCGCCUCGUCACGUCGCGCAAGGACAAGAUCCGCAAGCGCCAGCGCGAACGCGACGCGAUGGCCGCCGACUCGAUCGGCAAAAUCGACAACUUUGCCGGCAUCCACGAAGCGCUCGGCGACGUCGUCAAGGGCCAAAACAAGGGCCGGUACGUGGCGCCCGCCCAGGGCAAGAAGAUUGGCGGCAAGAUUGGCGGUAUCUUUUCGCACUUGGAGGCGCCGAGCGCCAAGAAGCGGUCGGCCAGCGCGGCGUCCGGCCCGGCGUCGACGCCGGCGUCAACGUCGACGUCGAGUGCGCCGACGGGGAAGAAGCAAAAAGUCAAGUUUUCGCUCAACCUGUAAACUCAACGUUGCUCCAUUUGUUUAUACGAUCUCGGACAA